GUUCAUAGCGAUUAAGACGGCAAAUAUCUUUUGGCCUUGCCCCUUAUUUUUUGGCGACCUCUAGACUGGUAAGACCGUGGAAUUGGACAGGCUUGUGCAACGCCUGCUUUCAGUCUAAGCAUGUUCUGAUCCAUUUGGUGCCGGGGACAAGCUCAGCGAAAUUCAUGGUCCGCGACUUGUGCGAGCCGGGUUGCCAGCGGCAAUGAAGAGCGCCGUGUAGACCUGAGCAACCGCCGGUCCGAGUGCCGCACAACACGGGUCUCCCAAAGCCGGGCGCGGCCACAACUGGCCACGCGGCGACCUCCCUCCUGGGCCACAACGGCGCCGGUGGAGGCGGUGGCGCAGGCGGCAGCAUGGUCCGGGCUGACGGUGUCAGCUCGCCAGCCGACAGCGCCAGCGGUGGCAGCCCCCACAACGGCACGCCAGCCGCUGGCGAAGCCGGCGGCGGCCCCGGCCCGGGCGGCGGCAAUAGUGGUCGAUACGGCGCCGCGGCAGCCUACAGCGAAGCUGGCCUGAUGCAGGCGAUCGAGCACGCGAUUGCGCAGGCCGUGGUCCACAACCCUGGAGACGCGGGCCACUUGCAGACGCUGCUGAAUGCGCGGACCCUGUGCCUGGCUGGGGAGCUGGCAGCUGCGCAGCAGCUGCUGAACGAUGCCUUGGAGGACCGCGGGGCAGCAGAGGCGCUGCUGGGGAUCGCGUCGAUAGGAUCUGGGUCUGGCGGGGCGCCGCGCGCGGGGCUGACGGGGCUGGGCGGCCGGCUCCCUGGUGGCACGGCCAGCGGCAGCAGCGCGGGCGGCGGUGGCGCGGGCGGCGGCGACGACGGCGCGGAGGGCGGCAGCGCCAGCGGCGCCUCCCUCGGGGCUGGCGGCGCCGCGGGCUCUGGGCUUUCGCAUAGCAACUUCAAGCUGAAGGACUGGCAGGGUGUGAUCGUGGACGUGCUGGUGUACAGCAAGCACGACACGCACCGGAUCCGACAGAAGCUGUCGUACGCGAUCCGGCUGAGUCAGCAGAACCUGCUGGCGCGCAGCACGGUGGUGCCGCUGGUGCUGCAGCAGAUCCUGGACACGUCGAAGAACGCGAUCGUGUUGCAGGCCUCCGUGCGCGCCUUUGUCCUGGAGUUCGCGACCCCAAUCUUCCGCAGCUGCACCAGCUGCGGCGCGCGGCGGCUGGUGCGCUCCAAGCCCGUGCCGCCGCCCAACCGCUUCACCUGCGGCCACUCCUCCUGCGUCUUCCCCGUGCGCACCUGCAAGCCCGGCGGCUGGGACGAGCAUGACGACCGCGUGGCCCUGUUCCCGCAGGCUCUGCUGGACGUCGCACAGACCGCACAGGGCCUGCAGAGCGGCAGCGGCACCGGCGGCGUCUUGGGCGCAGGGGCCAUGCAACGGAACAGCGGAUGGGGCAGCGCCGCCGCUGCGGCCGGGCCGGCCGCUGCCUACGGCGCAGCUGGCGCCGGGCUGGGCUUGGGGCCGGGGGUGGGCGGCGCUCGUGGUGGCGUCGGCCCGGCGCCCGGCCUGGGUCCGGGCCUGGGUCCCGUGGCGGUGGCCGCAGGCCUGCCAACGGGUCCUGGAGGCAGGGGCGGCGAGUACGGCGGCUUGGUCGGCGACGGCGCUGCGGCGGGCAGUGGGCUCAGCGCGAUGCCGGGCGUGCUGCGCGGCGGCACGUACGCGCGGAAGCAACGGCGCCUGGACGAGCUGGCGGAGGACGAACUCGCUGCACCUCAGCCCAGCGGCUCCCCGGGCGCUGGCGCCAGCGGCGUCGACAGGACCGCGUACGGCGGCCCGGGUGGCCCCGUGCCGCCCGCCAAGCGCGGCCCACCGGCACCCGCGACGUGGCAGCCACAAGGCGCGCCAGUGGCGGGCUUCGCCAAGCGCGGGCCGCCGCCGCUGCCGCACACGGUGCUACUGCCGCCGGCGCAGCACCAGCAGCAGCAGCACCCGCUACAUUAUGGCGGGCUACAGCCGGCGGCUGGGGCGGACGACGAGGACGAGGAUGCAUUCAUAGGGCCGCCGCCACAGAGCCUCCGCCGGCUCAAUCCUGGACUAGGAGCCGUGGCCGGCGUCGGCGCCACCGCCACUGCCGCCGCCGCCGCCGCCGCGUACGCGCGUCAGGGGGCACCUCCUAGUGCGCAGUCUCCACUGCGACUGCACGUGACCGGGCGUGGCAUGGACCUUGCGCAUCAGCUGCAGCAACAGCAGCAGCAGCAGGAGGCGGAGGAGGACGACGACCAAUUCCUGGGGCCGCCGCCGCACCGGGCGACGUCCGCGGCGGCGGCAGGAGCAGGAGCGCGGCAGGCCGCUGGCGGCGUCAGUGCCACCCAGGCACGCGGUAGCGGCAGCGGCAGCGGCGCCGUUGGCGGCGGCGCUGGCGAUGCUGCCGCAGCGCUGGCGAACGCUCUGGUGGGACAGCGAGUGAUAACCACCCUCACCGUCACCACGGCGGGCGGCGUGCAGCGCAGCAUGCCCGUCAUGCUGACUCAGGACGAGCAGGGCCGCCUGCAGCUGAUGCAGCCGGAGCAGGGGCCCGACGGGCCGCUGCCGUUGCAGCUGGAUGACGGCGGUGGGGCCGCGGACGGCGGAGGCGCGGGGGCAGGAGGAGGGGCAGGAGCGGGCGGCAGCAGGGGCGCGCAGGCGUUCAACUUGGAGCGGCAGCUGCAGCUGCUGCUGAACAGCGCGGCGCAGGAGCGGCAGCAGCAGCAGCGGCAGCAGCAGGAGCAGGACCGGCUGCGGCUGCAACAGGAACGGAAGCUGGAGCAGCAGGACGCGCUGGUGAGCGCGAUACUCCACGCAGCCGGCUGUAGUGUCGGUGGCAGCGGCGGCGGCGGCGGCGGUGGCAGGACGAGUGGAGGCGCCUCGUCCGGCACAGCGUCGCAGCCUCAGCUAGUUCGCCUGGGCCUAGGAGGCGGCGGUGGCGGCGCCGCCGCUGCCGCUGCCGCUGCAGGGCCGCUGCUUGAAGGGAGAGGCAGCGGCACCUCACAAGGCGGUGGGCCGGCUGGGGCCGGCGGCGGUGGCGGCGGCGGCGGCCGCGUGCUGAUGCCGUUGCAGCUGGGGCGGGCGGCCACGGGCGCAGCCGGCAUGGCCGGAAAUGCCGGCGAGGCGGUCGAGCUGGGUGACCCCAUGGACCUGGGCCUGGGCUCGGAGGCCGGAGUGUCCGGCGGAUUCGUGCCGCCGCUCGUAUUGGACGAUGACGGCGGCGGUGGCGGCGGAGGUGGCGGCGGCGGCGGCGGCGGCGCUGCAGCACUGUCGCUGGCGGAGGCGCAGGAUAGGGGGGAUGUGUUGCUGAAGCAGCUGGACGCGAUCCAGCAGCAGCAGCAGCUGAUUGCCGCCUGCCACAAGUCCGUGCGCGACACGCCUGCGCACCUGGACCUGAUGCGGCAGCGCAGCCUGCUGCUGCUCCACCGCCACCGCAUCGAGCAGGAGCUGCAGCAGCUCAACCAGUCCCAGACGCUGAACCAGCAGCAGCAGCAGCACCAGCAACAGCAACAGCACCAACAGCAUCAGCAGCACGUGUACCAGCAGCAACAGCAACAGCAACAGCAGCAGCUCUACCAGCAGCACCAGCAGCCACCGUCUCCAUCGCUGGGACAGGUUGCACGGCAGCAACAGCAACAGCAGCAGCGGCAGCGGCAGCCUUCGUCGCCGGCGACGGAGCUGGGGCCGGAGCCGCUGCGGUUUGAGUCGCUGCCGUCGGUCCCCGUGGCGCCGCUGGGGUCGCAUCGCCCAGGGGUGGUGCGGCUGCCGAAUGGGCAGCUGGCGGUGCCGGUGUCGCCGCCGGCGCUGGCGGCGGCGGCGGCGGCGGCGCCGCCACCCCAGAUCGUGACGCUUGCGGACGGCUCGCGCGCCUUAUUGCAACAGCUGACGCCGCCGCUACUGCAGCCGCUGCAACGGGGACCCGCGCAACCCAUGGCGCAGCCCCUGAAGCUAGGCAUGCCAGAUGAGCCCGCCGCGACUUCAGCUGCCGCCGCCGCCGCUGCUACCAGCGCUGCCGCCAGCCAGCGGCGGUGGCAGCAGCAAGAAAUGAUUGCGGCGGCGCUGUUUGCGCAGGCGCAGCGGGAACGGCGGGCCGAAGUGGCGGAGGCGGCCGAAGUGGCUGCGGCGGCCGCGGCUAAUAUGGAUGAAGAGCCGCCUGCACCGCCGUCGCGCCGCCAGCGCACCGGGCCCGCGCCGCCGGUGCCUGGCCUCGACCUAGGUGGCCCGCAGCCGCCGUCGCCGUCGCAGGAGCGCCCGGGCUUUGUGCUGGAGCUCGGCGGUGGCGGUGGCGGCGGUGCAGCCCGCGGCGGCGCGCCCGGCGCUCGCGGCGGUGGCAGCACCGCCGCCAACGGCAGGGGCGGCAGCAGCAACCUCAGCGGCGGCAGCACGGGCAAUGGCGGGCUCAACGUGAAGAGCGCGGUCGCGGCCGCCAUGGCGGCGGCGGCCGCCGCCGCCAAAGCCAAGGCUGUGGCAAAUAGCUCCAUGGCUGCCAGCACGGACUGCGGCGGCCUGGUCUUCAGCUCGCCGCCGUCGACGGUGCCGACGCUGGGCUCGGCGCCCGCGCUCACCACCACCACCGUCAACACCACGGCGACGGGCGGCAGCAGCGCGGGCUCACUGAGCCACCACAAGCUGGUCCGCACGCCCGACGGCCGCGUGUUCCUGGUGGAGCCCCUGGCGGCGGCGGCAGCGGCGGCGGCGGCGGCACAGCGCGGCGGCGGCGGCGGCGGCGCGGAGCCGGUGACCUCGAUGCAGACGGGGGGCGCCUCGCCGCCGGCCUCGGUGGCCCGCGCGGGCGUCCUGGGCGGCGGCAGCUGGCGCGACCCCCGUAGCUCCGCUCCCGCCGCGUCAGAUAGCAUCGGCAGCGGGCCGCACGGCGCCGGUGGCGCCGGCGGCGGCGCGGCAGGCGGAGGAACCGCCGCCUCCGCCAUGGCGGCGGCGGCCGCCGCCGCGGCGGCCGCGGCGGCGGCGUCCCAGGGAACUUCUUCCAGCUCCUCGGGCGCACGCCUAGCCAGCGCUGUGAUCGGCGUGGUGCCCCUAGCCGACGUCCGCGGCGGCGGCGGUGGCGGCGGCGACGGCGGCGGCGGCAGCGCGCCGGCGCCGGCCGCCGGCGCGCCCAAGCCGCGGCGGCGCGUGCUGCUAGAGCCCAUCAGCCUGUCUCCAGAGGAGCUAGGACUGGAUCCAAAGGACCUGCCAAGGGUGGAAACGGGCCCCACGGUACUGCUGCAGCCGACGGCGGGCCGCGCCGCGGCUGCCGUCGCGGCGGCGCAGGUCGCCGCCGCCAACUGCUUCGUUGCCGCGACCGCGGCCGCCUCCGCCGCGGCCGCGGGCUUUAUGCCACGCCGCCUCAACCUGCAGCAGGCCGGGGCGGCGGGCUCGGACGCGGCCGCGGCUUUCACGCGGCACAUGGCUGACAGGCCUCAGCUGGCCGCGGCGGAGAGCGUGUCGACCGGCACGCAGGCUGGCAGCGAUCCCAUUACUGCCGAUGAACUCGCGAACGACAGCUUACUGGAGGGCGCGACAGCCGCUUGGCAUCGCUACCUGAGUGCCGUGACGGGCGCGGCGCCGGUGCUGCCGCUGCCCGCGCCGCGGGCGGCGGCAGCGCCUGUGGGACCCGAGAGCGGCGGCAGCGACAUGGGAGGCGGUGGCGGCGUGGCGGCGGACCCGCUGGUCGGACUAGAGGCGGAGCUGCAGCCGCCGGUGCCUGGCGAGAAGCCGCUGUGCCUGAGCUUUGCAAACGGCGCGGGCGCGGCGGGCAAGCCGUGGACGAGCCGCGUCGUGCUGCGGGUCGGCGACAACAGCACCAGCAGCCUCCACGACCACGGCGGUACGGCCGGCCGCGACGGUGGCGGCGCCGACGGCGCGAGCGUGUGCACGGGCGCGUUGGAGCUGGUGUGCGUGUGCGCCGACCUGCCGCCGCCGGACCUGCCGCCGGGGGAUGGCGUGGAGGCGGCUGCGGGGCCGGCGCUGCCGCGGCUGCCCGCGCUGAUGCCGGUGACGGAUGUGCGCCUGCGGCGGGACAUACCCGUGACCCACAUGAAGGGCAAGCCGCUGCUGGUGUGGCUGUCGCCCGACACCGGCCCGGCGCAGCGCGCGGCGCUGCAGGGCCUGGCGGCGGCGCGGCUGGCGCUGCUGGCGGCGGUGGACUCACACCACGACCUGGCGCUGAGCCCGCUGGAGACCGACGGCGCGCUGUGGCUGGUGGGGGCGGUCCUGCAGCGCACCGCGCCGCCGCCGCCGCCGCUGCUGGUGGCGCUGCCGCCCGAGGCCGCAGCGGCGGCGGCGGCCACAGCAGCAGCUGCUGCUGCCACGGAGGCCACGGAGGCCGCGGAGGCCACAGAGCAUGCGGAUGCUGCAUAUGCUGAUGCAGCCGUGGCGGUGGCGCCGGCGCCGCAGGCGCUCAGGCGGGAGCUGCUGCCGGCGAAAGCGACGGGGCGUGAGGAGGAGGCGGAGGAAGGGGAGGAACUGGAGGAAGAGGAGGAGGAGGAGCUGGAGGAGGGGGAGGAAGAGGGGGAGGAGGCGGAGGAGGAUGCGCAGGAGCAGGAGGAGCAGCCGGGCGGCGCCAGGGAAGGCGCGGGCGCCGCAGCGGCCGACGCGACACACGAGCGCAUGCCCGUGCGCGAGCCUCAUGUGGAACCCGGGCCCGAGCGUGUGGAGGCAGCGGCGUGGGCCGAGGCUGAAGCAGGGGCUGGAGCUGCGGGCGGCGGCCGGAUAGAGGAGACUCUGAUCCCGUGCAUACCCAGUUAGUACAGUCGUCUAGUCUAUAUGUACAGGAGCCGUUGCUGGCUUUGCUUGCAUACGCAUACGUCGAGUAUUAACUGCAGCGGCCCGUGCGGCGCUGGCGGUGCGCGUGUGGGCGGCGUCGCCAGCACACACGCACGCACGCGCAGCCCGCAGCGCACGUGCGGGCAGCUCGUGUAGCUGGGGGUAGCGUUCCGUGAAGGACGGGGCUAGCAGAUGGGGUGCGGGCGCUUUGGCCGCACUGCACACACCGGGCAAUACCUACGACGGCUGGAACAUUGGGCGGAUGCUGGCGGGGGUGGCACACAGGCCAUGUCAUGGGGGCGGUGGGGGGUCACGGUAUUUGCUGCUCCUUCAUGAUGCCGCGAAGGUGAACUGGAUGCAUCCAGGAUUACAUGCAUGCAUGAUGCCGCGCGUUUGGCAGUUGGGCCCCUGCGUUGCUCUUUGGCUUUCAAUUCAAGGGCACUGAAGAGCGCACGGCUCGCCAAGAGCACGGCACGGCACUGCAUUCACAUGUGCAUUCACUUGCUCGCCCAUUCACAAACGCCAAGAAGUACAUUCGUGUUUGGUGACGGCGUGGGCUCAAGUGGUGCCAAGGCAUAGCGAACUUGCGGCUUUGCGCCCUGGGCAAAGACGGACCUCUUUCCUAUGUUGUGAACGCGCCACGCCUGCAGUCUCAUGCGACUGCAGCUGUGCCUUAGACUACGCAAUAAAGGUAGCCGCAGCGCGGCUGGUGUCAGCCCGCUGGCACAUUUAUGAUGGGCGGUACACUGUGAUUGUCACUGCGGCUGGAGGUGGGAGCGCUGCCCUUGUGGCAGCACCAUUGGUGGUUACAGCUGACGCCAUUGGGUUGUGAGAGGAAGUAGCGCUACAUCGGGUGUUAGACUGUGAGUGCUUGUGCUCACAUUCUUGGGUGCGGCAGCCCGGCGGAACUGACGGCUCACCUCAUGACAUGGCUACGCAUACAUCGCAAUUUAGUCAUGUGCACGGUCUUGGCGAACUUGGCCGGAGAGAUGGCUAGAACUGGUGUGGUCUUAAUUUGCAACCGCGGCCGUGCAUACCGCCGCGGUGAUCCAAGCCUCAUCCCAAACCGAUUGUCGCGAUUCGCGAUUGCACGCAUUCGGCUGUCAAGGGAACACUGGGAACACUGAACCCGUCCUCGCAAGGGGCACGGAACCCGCCCGGGGCGCGGGUCUUGAGGUACUGCAAACACGGCACGGCUUGCUUGGCGCAGCCGUGGUGCCUCGUUAAGCAAGUUAACUGAAUGGUUGGAGGAAUGGGGCAUUGGUACAUGUACAUGCCCAGCUGGAAUUGAACGAAUGGAGAGGUAGAGCGAAUGGAGCGGCUUCGCGGCAAGUGUGUUAGCAAGCUGCCGGCGCCAGUGCGGGUGCUGCUGGUGCCGUUGCGGCUGCUGCUGCUACGGCGGACGUCGGUUGGUCGGGUUACAGGUGGAAUGUUGUGCCACGAAGGUGUAUUUAGGGUAUGCAUGCACAGUGCCCCGACGCCAGGUUGGUCUGGCAUGUCAGGGUCAAGUCGCCAGAUUCUUGAGAGCGCCAUCGCAGGGCUACACCAUCGAUGCGGUUGCGUAGAAGCGGACGCAUGGUCAGUAUGAAAGCUAUGAGCUACGGUGUUACUUUGCAUCGUGUCAUGUGUGUGCGUUUGUGUUCUAGGGUUGGCCUUGCAGUGGCGGGGGCUCCAUCAAGCAAGCGGCCCCAAGUGCCAUGAGGUUAGCUCGUAGUUCUUCGUGCAUUCAACCAAUGGCCAAGACUCCGAGAAGCGCGCACACUUUUUUACGCCCAUCACUGAUGUCCUUCACGAUACUGCCGGUUACAAGCCACAAAACGUCUGCAUGUGACGCCAAAUGCCACACUGCUGUGCGGACCUCUCUUGCGAGAGUCAGUUAAAUUGGUUUCUUUGGGGUCGCGACAAUGGAGAACGCCGUGCGUGAUGUGCCGUUCGCUGGGGCGCAACACGAGGGAAGCUGCGCGAGGCGUGGAAGCAUGGAGGCCGCCUGGCAUGACCUGCUGCGCGGGGCUGUGGGCUGAUCAUGGUGUAUGCAAUUGUGUUUUGUGCGUGCGUGUGUGUUCGUGCUCGCUAAGGGAACCCAAUCAGAACGUGUUAUGUCUGUAUGCGUGUCAAUAUGCUGCUAGGCUGUAUGCAGAGCGCGGUCCGAUGCGGAAGGGCGUGGUUGCCGCGAUGCGGCAAUCGUAUGUGCAUGCGCGGGUAUUGAUUGCGUGGGGGGGGGGGGUAUUGGACCAAAGGGCGCGGUGCCCGAGUGACGCAGGCGUGCGCGUGCGGAGUUUGCCGGAGUGACGCAGGCGCACCAGUGCUGUGACAGAGGGGCCCAUGUGGAUGGAGUAGGUCUGUCUUGUGGCAGUGCGUGUCGGUGCGUGGGGAUGCCGACAGCCGCCGGUACGGCCGGUGCAGUGUUUGUCUUCGUACGGGGAUGGCUGUGUCCGCUGUUGCCUGCGGGUCGCGGGGCGACUCAGAUGCGCGGGCAGGGGGCUUGGUACGCGUCGGGCUGCGUGUGAUACACACACGCGUGCCCGACUCGUGGCCAGGACCGUUUUUGCGGUGGCACUAGUAACGAGGCUGAGUACUGGCAACAACGUGUGCUGUACACAGCGAUUUACGCUCAUCUGCGGGCAGCUUAGGUCAACACUGGAGAGCGGGCUGACUUGCGAAGGAUGGGUGGCGUGGGCGUACUAUGGUGGAAUCCGCCGUGUCCUUGCACGCCCAGAGAAAGUCGGGCAGGCUCAUGCGGGAUUUACAACGGGAUUUACAACGGGGUUUACACAAUAGGCAUCGAGCGCUCGAUGGCCGAUGUGGAAGGGGCGCUCUGGCGUGUCCGCUGUGACAGCGUGUGUACAGAGAUGCCAUGGUCCCUCGUGGCGUGGUUGCGGUGGCGGUGCACCUGUGUGGGUCGCGGGCUAUCUCUCUUUGUAAUGUCGCAUGCAU